CGAUAGACCUCAAUCGCAAGCUUCAACAUCACGAUUAUUUACUUGCAGUAGUGCUCACUCUCAACGAAUCAACUUACAUCUCUUGUUAGAAUUGGGAACUUGUUAGCAAAAUGGCCGAAAGAAAAACUUACGUUCUCAUCACUGGAUGCUCGCCUGGAGGUAUCGGCCAUUCUCUCGUUGAUGAGUUUCAUCGUCAGGGCUGCCAUGUCAUUGCGACGGUGCGAAACACAGACAUGAUCAAGGAUCUCGAAAGGCCCGGCAUCAGCGUCUUCCCUCUUGAGAUCACCUCCGCCAAGAGUAUCCAAGAGUGCAAAGAGAAGGUCUCUGAGCUCACUGGUGGCCGCCUCGACAUUCUCGUCAACAAUGCUGGCCGAACUCACACCAUCCCUUCCAUUGACACGGAUCUUGACGAUGUUCGCCAAACAUACGAAGUCAACGUCUUCGGCCCAAUCCAGAUGGUUUCAACCUUUGCACCUCUCCUCAUUGAAGCCCGUGGUCUCAUCAUCAACAUCUCCAGCACAUCUACCCUUGUUCCCUACAUCUUCGGCGCCAUUUACUCCUCCACCAAGGGCGCCAUCAACGUCUGGUCCCGCGCCCUUCGCCUUGAACUUAAGCCGUUCAACGUGCGCGUCAUGGUCGCCGUCACCGGAACAGUGCGAUCCAACAUCGCCAGCCGGACACAUCGAUCUCUGCCGCCGAACUCUCUGUACAUGCCCAUUAAUGACUUUUUCCAGCGACGAUUGACAUUCAGUCAGCGAACGGCGACGAUGCCGACGGAGAAGUAUGCGGAGAAGCUGGUGACCGCUGCGUUGAAGGGUGAGGGAUAUCUGGGCGGGUUGAUCGGCGGCACACCCGACUGGUUUUAUGCAGGGGGAAUGGCAACCAAGACUUGGAUUCUGUCGUGUUUGCCUAAUUGGGUGAAUGAGACGGUCAUUGGUAUCUUCUUUGGCAUCGGAGGCUUGACCAAGAAGAUCCAGGCUGCGCGCGCAAAGAGAGAUUAGAGAGAAGGUUGAGCUUAGGAUGCUGGAGGAUGAGAUGUGAUCACGGCAGAGUAUAACGCGUUGCGUAUUGGGUUCAAUUGAACGCAUUCAGUAUAUUACCUUUGAGGAACUCCCGAAGUUCUAAGUCAUUAAGCUCCCAGGGAGCGACAGAGAGUGCAAGAGAAUUGAAUGAUGUACACUGUA